AUGGAGGUUUUGAUUGAAAAUCGCGACUUUGAAGGACUGAAAGAGCUAAUAAAGAAAGAAAGGAAAAACCUGUAAGUUUUUGAAGCCGAUAUUUCAUAUAUUUUAGAUUUUCCAGACCGGAUGAAGAGCUUAUUAUUCUAAAAGUUGAUCAAUUAGUGAGAAAACGAGGGUUGAAUGUUACCAAACAACCAAUUGCAACAGUUGAAGAAUUCGCAAGACGCCAUUUCAAUUUUGUUGUGCAAUUAAUGAGAGCCAAUCUAUGCUCAAAAGUUCUUCCAAUCACAACAUUACAAGAUUUUUUGGAAACAAGUUCAAUCGAACAAUGUCGUCAUUUAUUUGGAAUAAUCGAAGAGCAUAUGGUUGAUUUCAAACAACCGCCUUUGAAUGAAGUUGGACAAAAUUCGAUUCUUCGGUUUUGCAAUGAUUUACUUCGAAGAUUGAGUCGAACUGCUGAAACAUCAUUUUGUGGUAGAAUUAUGUUCUUUUUGAGCAGAUAUUUACCAUUGGCCGAGAAAUCUGGUUUAAAUCUGAUGGGACAUUUUAAUACUCAGAAUAUCACAUCAUAUGAAGAAGUCGAAACAGAAUCUGAAAGUUUAUUAGCUACAACUUCUACUCCAUUGAAAGAAUCGGAAGAUAUGGAAAUUGGAGAAAUAACAAGCGAUGAUUCAAAAGAAAUUCAAGUAACACCUGAAAUGUAUCGACAAUUUUGGAGUAUUCAAAAGUUUUUGGCAAAUCCUGCACAACUUUAUGAAAAGGAGAAGUUUGUGGUAUUCAAAAAAGAUUUAGCAAAUGUUUUAUCUUUUCUAACCACUAAUAAACUGGAUAAAUCAUCAGCUGAAGACGAAGAAAUGGAAAGAAAUAGUAAACGCGAAAAAUUAGCAUCUGAUGAUUUAUUUUUCUCAAAAUAUCUAACAAGUCCAAAAUUGUUAUCUCUUCAAUUGAAUGAUUCACAACUUCGUCGAUAUUUCCUUCUUCAAUGUCUAAUUAUCUUCCAAUAUUUAACAAGUGAUGUUCGAUUCAAAGUUGGUGUUAAGAAAAUGAUUUUGAAUGAGGAACAAACAAAAUUUGUGACUGAUAGCGAGGAUAAAUGUUAUAGAUUAUUAUCAGAAACACUUCCAAAAGGUUCGAAUUUCUCAGCAGUUUGCAAGGUGAGAUUAUUUGAAUUUUGAAAAAAAGGAAUAAUUAUUUUUCAGCGAAUAUUACAAAGAGAGUUGGAAUGGUCAAAUUGGAAGAAUAUAAAUUGUCCUGAUAUUUCUGAAAAAGCUGAUAAAGCUGCUAUGCAAAUGUACAAAAAGUAAGUUAAAUAUAUUUAUACAAGAAUGAUACACCGGCUAUCGCCGGUGUUCAUUCUUGUUUUGCUACGCAGCCUUCGGCUGCGGUUCGGUUAUGGAAAAAUUAAUUUAUGUAUAUCUGCAAGGUUUUCUGAAAGUAAUCACCUUCCUAGUUUGCAGACCACAUUCAGAAGUAAAAACCAAAAAGAUAUUUCCAAACUUUUGAUUUUAUGGGCCUAUGCAGAAUAAUAUUUUGUAAUAAGAAAAAACAUUUUUUUCCUAUGCAGAAAAACGUCGAAAAAAACAAAAUAUACAGUUUAUUAUUUUGAGUAGAGACAACGUGAAAUUGAGAGAGUGCAGACAAAGAACCCAUUUUAUGUCUGCGUUCUCUCAAUUUCACGUUGUCUUUAUUUUGUUUUUUCGACGUUUUUCUGCAUAGGAAAAAAAUGUUUUUUUAUUACAAAAUAUUAUUCUGCAUAGGUCCAUUAGCCACUCAAUUGUUUUCUGAAAAUAAGACGAUUUUGAAGAAUUCUAAUUUUCCAAUCAACUUUACUUGAAAGUUCCGGAAAAUACGGAAAGUUUCCGGCACAGGCUUUAAUUAUAACAAAUGUUUUAUGAAAAUUUUCCAUACAUAAAAUUGGUCCUUAGAAUCAAGGUGAGAGGCUUAAUUUUUCUCAAGAAUCUAAAGAAAAUCGUACCUAACUUGGUCACUCUUUCUGCUAAUAAUUCACAGAGUUUCCAUGAUUACAAAAAAAAUCUGUAGUUGUCGAACAAUGAUUUACAAACUUGUAUUUUUCAUUGAAAAGUGCAUUAAAUUUCUGAAAUAGCGAACACGGGCUCCGGAAAAUAGCUGAUCUUCAUAUUUUUCUUUUAAGAACAACAUCUUUUCAAAAACUUUUCAGAUAGCUAUUUUUGUUUGAAACUCUCUUUUUCAAAAUAUGAAGAGCACCAAUUUUUCCAUGGUCCAUUUUCACACACUUUCCGAAAAUCCAAUUAUGUUGGAGAUGUUUCACUUUUUUAUGAAAAUUACGUCGCUUUUAGUCCAAUCCCUGAGUUUGUGUCAGGUCUCAAAAAACUUGACAUUUUUUGGGUCGUGAAUUACAAACUGUGAAAAUGAAAUUUGUAAACUCAGAUCAAAACAUUAACUUAAUAGCUCUGCCCAAAAAAUACCAAAAGAUGACACUUUCAUGAGAAUCAGGCAGAUAAUUGACUUCACUUCAUAAUUCAGGUAAAAGAGUAACACUCAAGCGAGUUUGAUAGUUUAAUUAAAUUUCUUACGGUCUCUUCAUCCGGAAAUUAGCAAAAUUGAAGUGGAAUAAGAUCAUUAUGUGAAUUCUUUUCGGAAUCUUGAAAUGAAAAAAGAUUAAAAGAUUUUCACGUCUGAAUUAAAAAUUCGAAAGUGGGGCAUUUAUAUAGGUCAAACGGGACAUAAGCCCAAUAAUAUAUAAGUAUGAUAUGUGAAUUCUUUUCGGAAUCUUGAAAUGAAAAAAGAUUAAAAGAUUUUCACGUCUGAAUUAAAAAUUCGAAAGUGGGGCAUUUAUAUAGGUCAAACGGGACAUAAGCCCAAUAAUAUAUAAGUAUGAUAUGUGAAUUCUUUUCGGAAUCUUGAAAUGAAAAAAGAUUAAAAGAUUUUCACGUCUGAAUUAAAAAUUCGAAAGUGGGGCAUUUAUAUAGGUCAAACGGGACAUAAGCCCAAUAAUAUAUAAGUAUGAUAUGUGAAUUCUUUUCGGAAUCUUGAAAUGAAAAAAGAUUAAAAGAUUUUCACGUCUGAAUUAAAAAUUCGAAAGUGGGGCAUUUAUAUAGGUCAAACGGGACAUAAGCCCAAUAAUAUAUAAGUAUGAUAUGUGAAUUCUUUUCGGAAUCUUGAAAUGAAAAAAGAUUAAAAGAUUUUCACGUCUGAAUUAAAAAUUCGAAAGUGGGGCAUUUAUAUAGGUCAAACGGGACAUAAGCCCAAUAAUAUAUAAGUAUGAUAAUAUAUAAGUAUGAUAUGUGAAUUCUUUUCGGAAUCUUGAAAUGAAAAAAAGAUUAAAAGAUUUUCACGUCUGAAUUAAAAAUUCGAAAAUGGGGCAUUUAUAUAGGUCAAACGGGACAUAAGCCCAAUAAUAUAUAAGUAUGAUAAAUAAUUGAAAUAAUUUCGCUUUUUAGGCGAGCUCGAGUUGAAUUCAAUCCAGAUGCAAUUGAUCUCGGAUCGGCUGAAAUGACAAAACUGUGGACAUACGAACCGAAUGUUUUAGAAUUUUGCAAAUCGUCAAAGCGAAGAUUUGAACCAAGUUUAGUCGAAUUUCUUCGAGAUCCAUUAGAUGAAAUGGAUCCAGAACAACAAGUUGAAGAACAAUACAAGUGAGAUAUUUAUUGAUAUUUGUUUUGGGGUUGUUUUUGGUGAAUUUGAGUUCCAAACACCUAUUUAAUUUAUUCAUCCUCACAUAAAUAGAAAUAUAGAUCCCAUCCCAACAAUUUUUAUAUUUCAGAUCGGUCAAUAAUUCUGCAUUUCAAUGGAGAGCUGCUCGACUGCUUUUGAUAAAAGCACCACAAUAUGUCUCAAAACUCGAAAAAUCUUCAUCUUCUUGUGAUCCAGCUAAUAGUAUGCGAGAAUAUUUGGAAAAAACAUUCUAUUCAACUGCAAAAACAUUGGAUGAAUUCAAAGACGAAAUUGAGGCCAGAGAAAAAAGAGAAGCUGCGAAAAAAGAAGAAUUGAAAAAAUCAGCGGAUAAUUCGUUGACUGAUGAAAAUUUGGAAAUUUUAGCCGAAGCUUUGAUCAAAUUUUCGAAGCAAUUAGCUGAGGUUUUUGGAUCGGAUGAAAUUUUGAAAACUGGAAAUGUAAAGUUAUUCCAAAACAAUUUUCAAUAAUUUUUUUGGAAUUUCAGGAAAAAGAAUACAAUUUGAAGUUGCUCAAAGAUUGGACAUCGAAAAACGGGCGAAAUGGAAAAACUCUUCUGAACACACUUAUUAGUGACGUGGAAAUUGUUGAAAUUGCUACAAGAACCUUAAAAGUAUGAAAAUCUCACUUUAAAAAACACCAAAACAACUAUUUUACAGAAUGUUCUCUGA